AUGGCUCCUUUCUUUCUACUUCGACUACCUCAUCUUCCAAUUCUUGAAGUCGUGAAACACAUGAAAACUAAAGAAAUAUACAAUUUCUCUCGUUGCUCCAAGAAAUGUCAACAAACUGUGAGAAAUGCAGCUGGGAACCACUUCGAACUGCGGUUAUAUUUCUGGACUGAAAAUGAGAUGAUCCUGAAAUCAAAGAAAGGAAAAGAAAAUAAGAUACACUUCUCUUUUGAGAACUUCCCAGUGAUUCCUUGGAGUUGGACAAGAUCGGACAAUAGUGUACGACGGUUUCCGUACAAAAAGUAUUCCGGAUUGUAUAUUAAAGAGAAAGAAUUGAUAAAAUAUUUGGUUGAAACAUUUAAUUGUAUUAUUGGAGAGCUCCGCUUCCAUUGUGAUGCAACUCGAAAUGUCUUUCAACCAUUACUCAAUUUCUUUCUUCAAAGUCAACUCGAAUUUCACUUGGUUGCAUUUGACGAGGGAAUAGUCAACGACGAGGAUUUCAAGUAUUUGAUGGACAAUUGCAAAAUGAAAGAGCUGGAUUUAUUGUGCUCCGUCGCGGUUCUAUCGAUAGAAGACUUCAAAAUAGAUGUAUUCUGUUUACGAACACUUUACAGCGACUGGGUUACUCAAAAUCAUUUAUUGAAAAUGUCUUUUGAGCUCGGUUACAUACAGAUUAAUUGUAACAUGAAAAAGUGGAUGGAAAUCGUAAAGGCAUGGAUGAAUGGAUGGAAUAAACGAAUGAAAUUUGCUUUAUUCGAACCUACGAGAUUCGACCUUGACUUGGCGGAUCAGAUAAUUGAAAAUGUUAUCCCUGGAAAGCGUAUCGAUAAAGAAGUGAUGCGACAAUAUCCGAUGAUCUCAUCAGAUCUGAAUUUCACUCGACACAGUUCAGUACUUCGAGGAGGAUACGAUUUUCAGAGAGUGGAAGACGGAGUACUGGCAACUAUAACUCAAGAUUCGGGACCUCAGAAACGAUAUGUGUUUGCAGUUUGGCAAUAUAAUAAUGAUUUCGUUCGGCAAUGA